GCCUUGUUAACAAUCACAUGUGUUAAUAAACAUAUUGACUUUGUGACAGGCGUUACAUGUUAAAAGGUGUCCAUAACAAAUAUACUACCUCACUCUCGUAUGGAAUUAAUGAUGAUUACACCGCAAUAAUACUUUUUAACAGACAUUUAAAUGUCUGUUUUAUGUGCGUAUUCUAAUUUUGAAAGAUAUCACCUUUAUUUGGCCUUUAAGUUUCUUUAGAGCAGUAUAUUAAACUAUUAUCUGUGCUUGGGUUGUAGAGACUUCUCAAAUUCAGUGCUCUGCAGCGAAGCGGAUCCGAUAUUAGCCGAAGGUAUAUGUUCUGCCUUUAAAGCAGGUACGGACAAGAUCGAUGACAAAGGUAGCAAAUCCUAGUAUGUUCAGUGUUCGAUUGUUAUUAACUCGUUCCGCUGGUGUACGGUAACAGGUCGAGAAACGUUUCGAUAGAGGAGGAAUGUGAAUGUGUUUUUAAUUGAGUUUUGCUACGACAAUCUUUUAAACGUUUUACAAAGUUAUCUUUAACGCUGUUCUGCGCUUGAAGUUACAAUAGCCGUAAGCUACUCUAGCUACUCGGUCGGUUAAUUUCUGGUUUGAAACUGUUUACUACAGAUGUAUUUCGUUUAACACUACAAUAGUUUAGGGAAUUGAAGCGUGAAAAACACAAUAGGAUUUCUUACGUAAUCUUUAUUGUUUUAGAAGGUGUUUAUUCUUUAGAGAUUGAAGUGUUGAUAGAGAGAAACCAAUUAGCGAGUGCUUCGUUUUUAUCUAUUAGGCAUUUUUAUAUAAAAUAAUUACUAUAGAUCGGAGUGUUAUUGGAUAUUGUGCUCCUUCAUAGAAACACCUGUAUUUUGGAAAGGUUGUGAAGGAACGGACGCAUGCACCAUUUCUAAUAACCUCCCAAAAUGCCAGAAUAAGGCAGACGAAUUGACGAAAUUCUGACCAAAGUAAGCGCGCUCGUUCUUCAAGCUCGACUUGUACUUCCGGGGCUCAUACACGUGACUUCACAAUGGGCUGGACGGGCCUACUCGUCUCGGGCAUCACUGCGGCGUUCGCGGGGUUGUUCUUGAUGGCCGUGGGGUUCGCGAUUCCUUUCUGGACCAGCUUCCUGGUGACCGAAAACUCCGCCGGAAAGACCCUGGAAUACAGCGUCUAUUUGGGCAUAUGGUACCUAAUGGCGUGCAUCAAGGGGCAGUCGAACUCGUGUUCGAGCGAGACAAUCGAACCGAAUUUCAACACCUCCUCGAAACUUCCGGAUUUCAAAACGGAUUUUUCAUCAAUUAAGGCUGAGUUUGUCGCCCAGCGAGGAGAUCUUGCAUUAGCCCGUUUCGACUACUGGUGGGCCCUCCAGAUCACUUCUACCAUCGCGCUGGGACUGGUCGUGUUGGCCGCCCUCAUUUUGCUCUACUGCCGCUGUGCCAGUAUCCACUCCCGCGGCUUCUUCGCAUUCGCCGGCCUGCUCCUCGCAGCUGGAGGUGCUGGAGCUCUUGGCAUCUCGAUUGCCAUCUCAGUCGGCUUAGGCGACACGUUCGACUUAGAAUUUAAACUGAACGACGAGACGUUUCCGUGGUCCGUGCUACUUUUCGGCGUUGGUAGCCUGCUGGUGUUACUGUCGGCCGUCAUCGUGCUGGUGUCUGUGUGCUGCUGGGCGCGUUACGGCGGCGAGAACCAGGAGGAAAAGGGCUACCCCUCAAACGAACCUACGAUGCCGAUGACAAGCCUGAGUCAAUCGUACGACCGCACAAGACAGCCUCCCACGGGUCCCGGAACUUACGACUACAUGGACUACGGUAGGGAAAAUCGUUACGAGCGGGGACAGUUCUCAAAAUCUAAGAAGUACAGGGAUCCCGCUGAUGAAUUUAGGGAUUACCCGAAUGGGAACGCGGGAGAAUCGAGGGGUUACCCGGUCGACGGUUAUCGAGGAAGUUAUCCGGCGCCGGAUUACCGAGUAAGUUACCCGGCGGCAGAUUAUCGCGACGAUUAUCGAAGGGGUGCAGAAAAGGGAAUCAGCAACCGAGGGUACGAGGGCAAUGGCCAACAAUACCCGUACAGCGCGAGUCAGUCAAAUAACAAUAUGUACCGGCCGUACUCCCAAAGUACGGGUCGGUUUUAAUGGCUGUUGUUUUCAGGAAGGUACGCUUCAAUAGUUGUAUGCUAGUGUGCGUUAACUGUACGAUUUGCGAGCAUUUGCUUUUCAUGCAAUCACAGAUUUGAUCCACGCUCUGGGAAAACGGGGUUUAAUGCAUGCGCGUAAAGUGUCGUCCCCGAUUAGCUUGCGCAGUAUGCACAGGCUUACCAGGGACGGAACUUAAGACUUGAUAUUUGUUUUGAAGAGUCUUCUUUCUUAAACUAACAAUUAUACACAGUAAAAGCGGAAAGUGUCGUCUCAUAUGUGUCUGUGCAUACUGCACAGGCUUAUCUGGGCCGACACCGGACGCACAUGAGUUAAACCCGGUUUUCCAAGAGCGCGACUCUUUUAUGAAUACCAUGUAAUCAGAACUGCCAGCGUAGUUUUUCAGUUUAUGAGUUGUCAAAUAACUGAACUGGACAACUGAAUGAUAUAUUAAAGAGAAUGCUGAAUUUCACAUUCACGCUCACAUUACUGUAUAUAAUUAUUUCGAUCAAACCGUUUAGCUCUUGGCUGGUAAAAUUUUGUACAAAACAUGUAAGAUGAUGUAAUAGGGAAAAGUUUUUCCAAACUUUAACAGACAUUAAUUUAAGUACAUCUAAUUCUAUAUUUAUUAAAAAAUAUUUUUUUGAGCUAUUUGUGGAAUAUUAUUCUAAAAGCAUAUGUGAUAGUAUGGAUGUUAUUUUGUUUGCAUGAAAAAAAUGAAGUAAUGGUAUUAUAAAAUUUGCAUAAUAUUGUGUACAUUUCGGUCCUUUCUUUUGUGUACCAUCGACAUUAUAAACCAAAACUUUUAUCUAAACAUAUCUUUUACAUAUAAUCUGUCGUGUUCUCUGCGCAAUUGCGUUAUAAAUGCGAAGUUUUCAAUUUUAAUGCGUUAUUUAAACCAUGAAAUGCAGCCGCACAAGCGCGUUUAUCGUGUCUCAGUUCUACACCUUACAUUCGCAUCGUUAUACUUAUAACAUAACGUCAAAGUAUUCAACAGAAAGGGUGUCAGUGAAUGAUUGUGUACAAAUGUAAUAUCAAAAUGUUAUAUUUUAGUAAAUUGUUUUAGAUUUUACUAUAUGUUAUACAUUGUUUAAUUGUUUAAAAUGUCGCAUAUAACAUUUUGGAAAGUUUAAAAAGAUAAUCAUUUCUUAUGUCAUUCAUAAUGUGAAUAAUUUUAAUGCAUUCCUGCUAUCAAGGGAAAUAACUUCUGUGAGAUAAUGUGUGUCAAGUCUGAUUUACGUCCCUCUAAGAUGAUAAAAAAGCUCGCGCGAUGUCCGAAGAGUGUGUUUUUCGGUUAUAUAUCGGCUUCUAAUUAUGUUUUACUGAUUGGUUUUGUCAAUCAUUGAUUGUUUGAUGGCUGGAUCGAGUGAAGCAAACAAGUCCUGCAAUAAAACAGCUGUUAAAAUGAUUCCACUAUAAUAUGAUGUUAAACAAGAUGGUCAUAAAUUUUAAUUAUUUAUACACAAUUGACACAGUGAGAAGCGUCUUACAUAGCGCAUUCGUAAUUUAAAUAGUUAUACAGAAGAUGUACAUGAAUCACGAAGUUAUAUCGACAUUGAAAUGUAUAUGUAUGUAUAUCCUUAUGAUUUUAGUACUGUUUUGUACACCAUGUUACAUAAUAUGAUUUUAUGAUUUUACACGAAAGUAAAAACAAAUAACGACACAAAUCCACUUUAAAUAGAUUAUGUGUGCGUUAACUUAAAGUAUAAAUGUAUUCAUUUUAUUAUUCUGCUUUACCAUCUCUUCAUAUAGUGUAUAUUUUAUACCUGUCCAUGAUACUAAUGUAAUAUGUUUCACUAUUAAAAUUAACCGAAGAUAA